AUGGUGGUUCUCAGUUCCAGAUGGCACCAGUUUUUGGGACAGAAGUCGGACCCUCUCGUCCCAAGUUUGUGGAUUAUUGAGUGUUCACUGUAUCUCUUCGCCACUACAAAACUUCACCACUUCAUCACUUCACCACUGCACUGUUCACCAUUGCAACACCUCACCACAGCAGUACUUCACCACUGUAUCUCUUCACGACUACAUCGCUUCACCAAUGGAUCACUUUAUCACUUCAUCGCUAUAUCACUUUACCACUGUAGGGUACUUCUUCACCACUACAUCACUUCACCACUACAUAGCUUCACCACUUCAUCACUUCACCGCUACAUCACUUCACCGCUACAUCACUUCACCGCUACAUCACGUCACCGCUACAUCACUUCAACACUUCAUCACUUCACCGCUACAUCACUUGACCACUACAUGACUUCACCACUAAAUCACUUCACCACUACAUCACUUCACCACUACAUCACUUCACCACUACAUCACUUCACCACUACAUCACUUCACCACGUCCUUACUUCACCGUGA